UAGGAUAUUUCCCACCUCAACCCGGAAAUCACUUCUGGAACGGCACUGUUUUAAUUCGUUAUAUCCCGGUUUGAGGUGAUUCCGAGGAGUGUGGAACGCACCAUGCCUUACCAUGCAAAGACCAUUCACAACAAUGCAUCUUGAUGAAGUUACUGUUGUAGAACCAUAUCAAAACCAAAGUAGGAUUUUCUGGACCCAAACCAGCAAGAUAUCACACUCUCCUGUAUAACUAUGGAUACAGAAGAAAUGGUUUUAUGUACUCACUGCAAUAAAGAAGUGGCCAAAGCAAACUUUGACGUGCAUGAACCGCACUGUCAGAGGUUUCUGUGUCUGUGCCCUGACUGCGAUGAAACCAUCCCUCGAGAUCAACUGGAGGACCACAAAGCUGAACAACACGCAGAGGUGAAAUGCCAGAAAUGCAAUAAAAAGACGGAACGAAGGCAUCUGUUGGACCACAAGACUGACGAGUGCCCAGAGCGGCUUCAGAGCUGUGAGUAUUGUGAGCUUGAGCUUCCUCUGAGUGCUUUACUGAAGCACAGUUUGUCCUGCGGGAGUCGCACAACACCCUGCUCUGACUGUGGACGCUACGUCCAAUUUCAACACCAGCGUCUACAUGCUCUGGAGUGCUCUAACGGCCCACUAACAGUGAAGAACCCUAGACCUGAAGAUGAUGAAACUGUUGAGCAGCUCAUCUCAACGUGUUGGAGUUGUCUGAAGUCCAUUCCUUCCAAGAAUCUAGAGCAGCAUAAGAUGUACUGCAAACCGUUUGUGAGAAACACGGAUGCUGAUCUUUACGAAGACUUAGAACCUAGAAAUAUGAGUUCUCCAGACACUCCAGAUGUCUCCUUCAAGUUUCAGGAGGCAAAGAGAUUCAGCAACAUGGAAAGAGACCUAGAUGAAAUAAGCACCUGUAAUUUCUGUCAUCUGGCACUUCCCGUAAAGACUCUGGAAUGGCAUGAGAAAAAAUGUGAAUUGCAUAAACAUCUGAGCCUGUCCCAGUGAUGACCAGUGCAAGCAGAGCUAUGUAUGGUUGUUGGCAACAACUCUCAGCGAUCACAAAUAAUGGGAUUUCAUCAACAUCACAAAUAAUACACAUUACACAAUAAUAUAGAAUUAUUAAAUAUACUAGAAUUAGUACAUCUAAUCAAAAUAUAGAGUUCUUGUUAAAGGUAAUUGGUUAAAGGUAAAAAUUUGAUUAUAUAAUUUAGGUAAAAAACAUUUUUAUGUGCAAUAUGUGUAUAUACAAUCUAUUGUCUAACCUAGGGUGAUUUUCUUUGUAUUUUUGUAGUAUUUAGGCGGUUACUGCAUGUUAAAUCUGGACAAACUUCAGUUAUGACCUAGUAGCACAUCACAAUAAAGAAGACUUCAAAUAAGUACUUGUUGCAGGUGCAUAAACAUAGACUUGAAACAUAUGGACUAAAUAUAAGCAAUUUCUCUCUACGUCACAAUUGAAAUACUACAUUAUGAAUUACACUAAAAUAUUAUGGUAUGAAAUACCU